AUGUUUCAACGGAAAUUCAUACCUAUCCUAAGAUCGUCAAAUUCGCUGCCUAAAAUCCCUUUAUCUCGACGAAUAAUGAAUGAUAAAUUUACUGUACUUUCAUACAACAUGUUGUCACCAUCAUAUAUGUGGCCACAAGUGUACACUUACGUCCCAGAUCAGUAUAAAGAUUGGAAUUAUCGACAUACAUUGUUAGAAUUGGAACUAUUAGACAAAUAUAAAGCUGACAUCAUGUGCGUACAAGAAAUGACGAAAAGAGAUUAUAUUGAUUAUUGGCAAUUAAAAUUAGGUACAACAAUUGGAUACGGAUCAAAAUUUAUUGCCAAGAGUCCACCUAAAUAUUGGGAACGACAUUUACUAGAUUUGGAUGGUGUCGCUAUUUUUUAUAAUUUACAAAAAUUCGAUUUUAUUUCAUCAUCAGGAAUAUAUUUGAAUGAAUUCUUAGAUGUUUUCAAUCCUGAAGAGUUGCAAUAUUUGAAAGAGAAAACUCUAGAAUUGACUGAUGGUGCUGGAAUUAAAAUAGAUGAGAAAACUUUAUUUGAAAUAUUAUCUGUUAAAAAUCAAGUUUCUCUUUUCGUUUGCUUGAAACAUAAAGAAACUGGACAAGUAUUUAUUAUUAUCAAUACCCACUUGUAUUGGAAAUAUGACGAAGUAAAGUUAUCUCAAUGUAUUAUAAUAAUGAGAGAAUUGAGCAAAAUCAUCGAUGAAUUAUUACAAGAUGUAAGGCAUAGUAAAGUAAAAAUUAUUUUCGCUGGAGAUUUGAAUUCAACAAAAGAUUCUCUUGUUGUUAAAUUCUUAGAAGGUCAAAUAUUGAGUCAUGGGGCCCUUAAUAUGGUGAAUCCAAUGAGACCAUAUUUUAAUUCCUCCAUUUAUAAUAAGGUACCUGAAGAUUUCUUUACCAAUACAUGUUACUCAGGGAAACUGAAAGGUAUAUUUGACUAUUUGUGGUAUAAUGAUAAGGAUUUAUCACUUACUAAGAUCCUUCGGGGUAAAGAAGUUUCAGAUGAAUUAGAAGCUUUAAUGGAGUUUGGUUUGCCGAACAAAGAUCAUCCUAGUGAUCAUAUCCCAAUCUUAACAGAGUUCCAAAUACUACACUAG